UAACUGUGGAUAUAUCAAAUUACAACGAUUAGUUCGCGAGUGGCAUUAAAUCGAGUCGGACGUGUUGUAGAAAAAUGACAGCAAGAAUUUUAAUCGUGGGUGCUGGCGCAUCUGGAUUAGCAGCUGCUGCGCGAUUGUACGAGCAUGGGCUAACCAAUUUGCUGAUUCUGGAAGCAACCGAUCGAAUUGGGGGCCGUGUCCACACCGUCCCAUUUGGCGAAAAUGUUAUCGAUUUGGGAGCCCAGUGGUGCCAUGGGGAAAAGAACAAUGCUGUCUAUGAACUUGCCGGCCCGCUGGGACUGUUGGAAUCGUCAGUCGUGGCCAGCGGAAAUGUGCUGAUAAAAAAUAGCGGUGAAAUCGUCCCGCAAGAAGUGACUGAUCGGUUGAUGGCUGUUGCCAAUGAAGUCAUGGAAGCUGAUGAGAUGGCCUCGUACAACGGAACGUUGGGAGAUUUCUUUACUAGCAAGUUUAUGAAACUGAUGGAAGAUGAAAAGAUGAAAGAUAUUGAUCGUGAGUUGGUGCAACAGUUUCUGAGGUUUUACCAAAGCUAUCAAGAAGGAUACAUUGCUACGGAUUCGUGGUAUAACCUUGUUGCUUCAAGUUUGGAAGAUUACGACGAUAGUCGUAAAUCCGACGAUAGAUACAAAUCCGUUUUACAGCUGUUGAUGAAAAAGCACCCUGCCCAAACCGGAGAACCCAUCCCAGUCGAGGAGAAAAUUCUGUUCAACAAAACAGUAUCGAACAUCAAUUGGGCGAAUGUACCUGACCGUCCGAUAACCGUUCAUUGCACUGACGGAACUAGCUACGAUGCCAACCAUGUUAUCACGACCACGUCCAUAGGAGUCCUGAAGGCGAACUAUACCACAUUGUUCACUCCGGAGCUUCCAUCCAUCAAACAGAACGCCAUCAGGGGAAUCUACUUCGGUACGGUCAACAAAAUAAUCAUGGAAUUCGAGAAACCAUUCUGGAGUACCAUGGGAAACACCUUCGGCUUGAUUUGGGAUGCAGAAGACCUGGAAAAACUACGGAAAUCCCAAUACGCAUGGACAGAGGGAGCUUCCGCAUUUUUUAAAAUUGAUCGUCAACCCAAUUUGCUGGCCGCAUGGAUGAUCGGGAAGCAGGGCCGCCAGGCGGAACUUCUGGACGAUCGCGACGUUGUCGCCGGUAUGAUGUUUUUGUUGAAUAUUUUUUUCAAAAACGAGCAGAUUGAGGAACCGGUCAAGAUUGUCAGGUCCAAAUGGUCUACAGAUCGUAACUUUCGGGGGUCGUAUUCCAGUUACUCUUUGGCUACGGAGCAGCUGAAAACCAGUUGUAACGAUUUGGCCGUACCCAUAACUGACUGCCUUGGGACUCCGGUGCUGCUGUUUGCCGGUGAAGCCACCAACCAUGGACAGUAUGGUACCGUCCACGGAGCAAUCGGAAGUGGAAGGCGUGAAGCUGAUCGUUUGAUAAAGCUGUUAACAGAAUAAAUUAUUGAGAAUGUUGAUGAUUUUUUACAGAUUAUGAAAAUUUAAUGCCCAUGAAGCAUAAUAAAAAUCCUUGAAAAUAAAAUAUA